UUAUGUCAGGUUGACGAGAGUGUUUUCAUGUUUUUACAUUUUUAUUUCCCUAGAUUUGAAGAUAUAAUUUUGGACUAUUGGUCUCUGACAGCAAAAAUCCCAGUUAAUUUUUAAUAAGUUUUCAUUGAAGUAUGGGAGACACUGCAAGUGUCCAUUCGCGUGAUAAGCACGGCAGUGACUAUCGUGGUUCUAAAGAUGGCAGACGUGUAUACUAUCGUGGGAGACGAAAAAAAUCCAAAUCCGGUGGCAAGAGGCCGAAAAUUCAACAUUUAAAGAAGACUGCAUGCUCUUGUGUCAAGAAUAAAGUGAUGAAAUCGGAAAGCUUAAGUGGCAUAGUAGAAAGUUAUAGUAAGUCUUCCGGGAUCACAGCUCAGAAUAAGGGAAGUUUCGGAAGUAUUCAUAAAUCUUCAUCAGAUUUGAAACAAGAUCCUUCCGUGUAUGAUAUUCAUAAAAUUGAUACCGCUGACGCUUUACGCGCGGGGAGAUGUCAGCCUCAGGGUUAUGGUAUCAUAAAAAGAGAGCAUAUUGGAGCGAUGUGUCCCGCUGGAUCUGUCGAUUUGGAAUAUCUCUCACAAAAUCCGUUUUUUAAUUAUCUACGGGAACUUCGGAAAAAGCACGCGAGUUUAGCAAUGAAGGAAUUAUCGAAAAAGGGUGGACAAAACUGGCGAGCGAUGUCGCAUGAAGAGAAAUUUCCUUAUAUAAUUAUGGCUCAAAAGUAUCGUGAGUAUCGCCUCAAAAGGUUACAAAGCGGUGCAACCCCGGUCAAAGAAGAGUCCUCUGUGGAAUCCGUGAAGCAAUUCAAAGCGCCGGUUGUUUCCAGGAAAAGUGGAAAAGCCAAUACUAAGAAAAAACAAUUCAGGAAUUCCUCGUAUGUGAGCUAAUUAUAUUGUAUUGGGACGUUUAGAGCUCUUUCAGUGAAAUUUUUGUUGUGCGGGUUUUUGGGAAAUUGUGUAAAUAGAUUUUGUAGAAAUUCUAUAAGAAACGAUUAUUUACUCUAGGAGAAUUAUAGAUCUACAUACUUUA